AUGACCUCUGCUUCACCCGAUAUCUUCUCGCUGCCGAUUUCGACGGCUGCUCCACCGGCAAUGUUCCACCGCCAGAACCACGCAGUGACCCCCCAGGGUUGCUCGAUUGGCGCUCCCAUUCAAACCAACAACUUUUCCAACAACCUCACUCUCGAUGACCAACUGUGCCCGGUUUGGACGCAGCCGUACUCGCUCUGGUACGCCCAGGACCCGGAUCUGGAUGUGGGCUUGGCAUUCAACCACACGACAGCGCAGCAGCGUGUGUUCGGGCCAGACUCGGCAGCCAACCCCGUUCAGUUCUACUUCAACCCGCCGCGGAUUAAGUCGUUUGUGCUCAGUGGUGAGGGUUUCCAAGGAAACGUGGCCUUGCGCCUAGAGAACCACCAUAAAAUGUCGGUCAUGGUCAAGAUUGUGCUUGGCAACGAUGAAAAUAAGAGCUUGCUGGCCCCGUUGGUCCAGGGAAUGGGCUUUAUCACCGCCAUUUACAACAAUAUCGUGCCUGUGGUUGUUUCGCCCGUAGGCGUGGCCUCCUUCACCGAACAAGUGGCACCGCCAGGCUUGACCAAGUACAGGGUCCAGUUGUUCAACCAGGUGGUCUGGAGCAUGUACGUAGUGGGAUCCGUCUCAUUUGCCUUGCGAGACCCGAACCACAUUGUUGCUAGUGGAAUAGCCCAGGGCGUCACCGUGCAGUUCUGUUCGGGCGAAUCCCAGUACUACGACCAGACCGCUGGCUGCUACCCCGUGGAGUGUCACACCUCUGCAACACUCACUCACAACGACAGGUGUGUGUACAGCUUCAAUUACCUCUUGCAGGGCCGGUCGGUUUCCCAAGCGUCCUUGGUGUGGGCAUUCCCGCACCACGUAGAGGCCGCCACCGAGGAAACCACACGCGCCAAGGUGGCUUUGACGUUGGAUUCGACCACCAAGGGCCCUAUGAGUGCCUUCAUCACCAGUCAGCUCUCCAUGGAGGAGGCGUUGCCCGUUUCAAUUGGAAUGGAACCGUGGAGUGCCAUUCCGGGAUUUACUGGCGCAACGUACUCAGAGCAAGCCUUGGCCAAGAUCAGAGCAGCGGCGGAAAAGGAUGUGGCUCAGGACGUGGUGACCAUGGCCAACAUCGACUCGAUGUACACGUCGGGUAAAAUCUUGGACCGCUUCGCGUACAUCUUGUAUGUCUGCCACUACGUGCUUAAGGACAGCAGCCUCACGUCUCAGCUUCUCCCUAAGCUCAAGCAGGCGGCGGAGAUUUUCAGCACCAACCACCAACAGUUCCCGCUCGCAUACGACGAAACUUGGAAGGGGUUGGUUUCAUCAGCCGAGCCGGGGGCAGACUUUGGGAACGCCAACUACAACGACCACCACUUCCACUACGGCUACCACAUCCACGCGUUUGCCUUGAUCGGCACCGUAGACCGUGACCUCGGCGGUGCAUGGACCUCUUGCGUCAACGAUUACAUCACCACCAUGCUCCGAGAUGUAGCGAACCCAUCGGAGGCCGAUGUCCACUUCCCCGUCAGCCGCAGCUUUGACUUUUUCCACGGUCACUCGUUUGCGCACGGCAUCUUUGCCCUGGGAGACGGCAAGGACGAGGAGUCCAGCUCCGAAGACUACCAUUUUGCCUAUGGAAUGAAGCUCUGGGCACAGUUAGUCGGAGAUGCGAACAUGGAAGCGCGGGCCAACUUGAUGUUGAGCAUCCUGCGGCGCUCGAUGAACAUGCACAUGUUGUUCAGCGACGACAACACCGUCCAGCCGGCCAAUUUUAUCAAGAACAAAUGCGCCGGGAUCACGUUUGAGAACAAGGUCGACUUCAGCACGUACUUCGGUCGCGGCUCCAUCGAAAACGAGUGGAUCCACGGGAUCCACAUGCUCCCCACCACACCGGUAUCGUCUUAUGUGCGCGGCCCAACGUUUGUGAAGGAGGAGUGGGACCAAAUCUUGGGGCGGAUAAUCGACCGCAUCGACGACGGCUGGAGAGGCAUCUUGAUGCUCAACUAUGCGUGUUGCAAUCCGCGCGCGGCCUACGCGUUUUUCGCGGGGGAUAGCUUCGAGCAGCGCUGGUUGGACAACGGCCAGUCAUUGACGUGGUGCUUGACGUACUGCGCUGGCGUUGGCGGGGCGUAA